AUGGCCAGUGACUAUCCACUGCUCGCUAAUUGCGCCGAACGGGGUACGCCUAUACGGGGGUGUGCUCUGCCUUUCAACGAAAUGCCUAACCUCAAUGAGCUCGAGUUGAAGUUCAAUGAAGUAUCGACUUUCGAUUGGUCAUAUCCCAGGGCAUAUCCUCGGGUACCAACCAUCUACAACGUCUAUAUGCGUAAUAUCGAUGAGUUCAUCUGUUCUUUUGAGUUGAGCCGCGAGAAGGAUGACUUGGAGCAGUUCAAAGGUACCCGCCUACGUCCGGAAUUCGCUUCUCUCCCAGACGAGGAGAUCUUGAAGCGGAUAGCUGAUCUCGCACAAGACAGAGCUCUCAUGAUCAAUUACUUGCUCGCUUCUCGCGUGUCACCCGUCUACCAUCAGGACUAUGUUGAUGAGCAGGGCCCUCCGGAUACUGAAUAUGAAAGGAAGGAACUAAAGAAAGACCAACCACGUAUGGCGACGAAGAUAGUCGAGGCCUUCUGGGGGCUCGCACACUCGGGAAAUCCACUGCCAACCCACCGUCACAAGCAACUGGGUAUAUCCUCCUACGAUCGCUGGGCUGACCGUAUUGAUGAAAAGCUCACGGCGAUGGCUGAGAGACUCGAUAAAGACCCACAGAAAAUGAGAGAUCUCAACAGCAACCCGAUUGCCAUCAAAAGCGAUGAUUCUUCUAACGACGCCGACGGCAAGUCCAAGCGCGUACUCAAGAACGUUACCAACACUAAAGGAAACACCAAGUUCACUAAAGAACUCUCGAGCGACCGACAUACUACGAAGAGACGCAUCGUACUACCGCCCUCGCCGAAUCUAUCCUCUACCCAGGCUACAGAGCAGACAUCGAAAGAAGCCGACAAGAUGGUCUCGCCUACAUUUGGGGAGUUCCAACUCGAAAGCCCAAAGAGGAAAUAUCGAAAGUAGAAGUAAACCUAAAUAGGAUCUGCGUUGAGGAUGAGGACAAGGUACGCGUGUAACUUGAGCAGAUUAUGGCAGAUUAUGGCCUGUUUCUUUUUCGUUAGUUAUUUGUUUGGUGUAGCCCCGCAAUUGCAGCACAGAUACCCUUUGAUGCUUUAGGGAUAAGAGGAGGAAGGAUAUGGAAUCUGAAGCUCGCGUUUCUGAGGAUUUAAACAAGGGUCUAAGAAGUUUAACUUCCAUUUAGGCAGGUUUCUUCCUAGCCUAUUUGAAGUAAAAACAGCUUCAUAGGGACUACCUACCAGUGACCUAUAUAUGCAAAGUUCUCGCUAGCUUAGUUAGGAUUAGCAGUCUCACGAGGAUAGCUCAUAGUCAAUGACAUUUGCGUUGCGUUUAUAAAGUCUAAUGAGAAUUCUUAGACAUUAAAAUUUCCAUGUGCGCUUAAUAUUAGAUUCGUACCCAUUGUUUAGAAGUGAUUUGCCCGAUCCCAUAACCGUAAAUUGAUGGUUGAGAACAACAUAUACCAGACACUGGAAUGCAACCUGCUACGUAUCUCAUAAUUAACAUUAACUAGGUACAAAAUAGAAUUGCUUCAUACCUACCUCAUAUAGAAACCUAUGAUUGAAAGAUAGGGAACAACUUGAUGCAUUAAUCCUGACCGGUAGAACACUAGUACGUAUAAGGAGUUCGUGACGAUUGAAAGAUAUAUUACAUCAUCUAGUGUGAAGGU